GUUGGGAGUGGCGGUUGUUUAAGAUGGCGAGAUCUGGGAAUCUGGUGAGUGAAGCUUUUUGGAGUAAAGAUCCUUCAGAUGAAGAACAAUCUGUAGUGGUUGUACCAGGAUUGUUGAUGGAAGGAAAUGUCAGAUCUGAAACAAAUGCGAAAUGCUGCAAAAUUCAAGAAGUUAGAGCAAAACCCACACAAAAUACUGAUUUCAUUUUUGUGAAUCCUAUGAAGACUAGACCUGUAAAGCUAUCCAUGUCAAAUGAGGUUAUUAAGGAGAAGCAGGGGUUUAAGACUGCAUCUUUGAAGGACCUUUGCCCAGAGGACAAGAGGCGCAUUGCUAACCUAAUCAGGGAACUUGCAAGAGUAAGUGAAGAGAAAGAAGAAACAAAGGAGCGAUUAAAGGCUGAACAAGAAUCAUUUGAGAAGAAAAUCAAAGAGCUGGAGGAUCAAAAUAACCUCAUUGUGACUGAACGGGAAGCCUUGCAGCAGCAGUAUAAAAAAUGCCAGGAACUAUUGACUGUUUACCAGAAUUAUUUGUCUGAACAGAAAGAGAAACUGAAUCAGUCAUUGCGUGACUGCAACAAUGGUAAACUGGAGGUAAAUGCCAAGAAGAACUCUCCUCAGACAGCUGCUUCAAAUCUGAAUGGCUCCUACCUGGGAAUUGUGCCUCCUAGCACAUUAAAUGCUGUUAAUAAAUCUAAGCAAGUACUUGUUUGUCCAUCUGUAGCACCUCACCCUCAGUGUGACCGUGCUCAUUAUUUCCCAAACAAUAAUGUUCUCAAUCGUGUUCGCCCUGUGGGCAACCUUCCACUCCAAAAUGGUUGUGAGAUGAAAACGGAGACUUCAAUUCAUGGAAACCCAGUUUUAGUAAGGCAUUAUAACAUCAAAGAUUUGCAAGCUGGUACAUCCAGUUUUACUUUUGAUAGUAGUAACCAACCUCCCCAGUGUGGAUGGUUGAAAGGCCAGACUGAUAAUGGAACUCAAUUCACUGAUGGCCACAACAGGAAUUUUAUUCCAUUAAUGGAACAUAAUGUCACUCCAGGAAUGUUUUGUGAUGCAGCAGUGAAUGGUCGGAUAGGAAUGAUGACUGGAGACGUUUUGCAUGAAAUGAAACUGCCUGCAGACCAAAAGCAGCAGUUAUUGUGUCAGAAAAGGGAACUGGAGCUGGAAAAAGAAACACUGCAGAGAUUGCUUGCUCAACAGGAGGCUCUGCUUCUUUUAAAGCAACAGCAGUUACAAGAGUCAGUGUUGGAUUAUAGCAGGUCCAAGCAUAAUCUAUUAGAAGCAGAAGACAUGACGUAUCGUGAGAUUCCAACAAACAAAACAAGAAUUUCUUUACUAAAUUCAGCUGGAUCCACUGAAAGGUAUUUAAAAUCAGGAGAUCAUCUGUACAAUGCCAGUCUGCAAAAACUGGAAGGAAACAUUAAGGCAUCUACUGCAGCACCUCGGGAAAGAUUAAAUGGAAACAAAGUAGAAUCUUCUGAUCCAGAAUUGAACAUCUUUAGAGGUACAGCUUUUAGUCCUGCUGGAGAUGUGAAUCGACAGCAAACAGGGGCUACUUUGCUUCCUAAAAAAGAUGCGGCAACUUCUCCUGUGCCAGUUGUUAAAAAAUACCAGCCAGUCAACGUGGCAACAUCACCCAUUUGGCCUGAAUCACUGAGCUACGAGGCAUCUCUUGUUCAUUUGGUGGAUACGCUGAGCCCUGUUUCCUCACAAAAGCAUAAUAUGCACAUCAAAGAGAUGUACAGUACACCAAGGAAAAACAACCUAACUCUAAGUGGAUACCAUCAAAGGCCUGUACGAAUCAGAACAACUCCAACAUGUAGUGGCAAUUCAGAUGAAGAACUUGAAGAAAGCAGAAUGCUGGAAGAUAUAUUCUUCAUUUAAAAAAAAUGUGUGGAACAAUUUUACUGACAUCAAAGUAUCAUGUUUCUUCCUCCCCCCCCCCCCCAUACUCUGUCUAAGACUGUGGAGUGUUUUAGUGUCCAAUGGCUAUUGAAAGGAUACUUUUAGCUUUAAUGUGGUUGGCCACUGACUCGUGAGGGUAGAAACUAGAAUUUUUUCAAAAAUGCUGAGUAACCUCAUUAAUAUGUUUUCUAAUAUGCUCCCUUCUCAGCAUUGUGUUUAAUUAUCUUCAGAGGAACCAACUCUGGAGGGGAGUAUACUGGGUACUAAAUUGCCUGUUUAAUACAAACAAUCAAAGGUGAAUGUCUACCUCAAAAUGUGUUCUCUUGUAUAAUUCCAGUAUGUAAAGUGUUCAACAAAUUCUGCAGUAAUCAGCAGAUUAUUUGAAAAUGCUAGCUACAAUACACUUACAAUAUUCUGAAUCGGAAGAAGAAGCAAAAUAAAUAUAAUUGCAAUAAUUAUAUUUAGCACCAGUUCAAUAUUGGCAAGCAAACUGAAAAAUGAAACCAGUCGAUUGGUACUUUUCCUUUUAGAGAUAUGAAUUAUUGUUAAACAUCUGCAACUAAUGUUACAGAGCCAUUUUUGAAAAGCCCUACCAUAAUGAUAUGGAUUCUCUCUCCAUGUUCUGCUGCACUUCUGCAGACUGAAAAAGAUGGAGUCAAGCUGUAAGUCCUGUCUGAAACCAAGGUAAUAUCUACAGAUAAAAAGGUGUGUGGGAUGAGCACAUCAUAAACCACUUUGAGGAACAAUCAAUAUGGUGGUGCAUGUCUAUUCUAUUCAUGUGCUAAAUGGAAUCAAUCACCUAAAAUAUUCAGUAGUUUUCCCAAUAUCUGCCACCUGCACAGAACACUUUAUUUUAAUCAUUUCUUUAAUAUUCUAACUUGAAGACUUGAAAGAGGCACUUCUUUGAGGAUCCAUCUUUGGGCUGUUUUUCAGCAGUUUUGGCUGCUGAGAGAGAAUGCAUUUUAUUACAGAUUAGUAGAUUAAAUUCGAGCUCCUGACAUUUAAGAAUUAGACUGAGGCUAACCCAACCAAAUUAAUAAUUCACUUGCUUACUAGAAAUUGGAAGAUGUCUGUUUUCUCAGUCUGGGAUGAAACUGAACCGAGGUCCCGGAGUUGAAAGAUGAAUAUCUAACACAUUGCACCAUUCCAUUCCUCCAAGUUAAUUCAUGCUUAUGUGGACAAAGUUGAUAUCUUAAUUAACUAAAUGAACUGACCUGAAUUCCUAAAAAGAGGAGUAUUUAAUGUGAAAUAGUAUAUUUAUACCUUUUGGAGAAAGAUCAAUAUCUGUAAUAAUAGUGGUUUUCUUAUUUUAACUAUUACAUAACUUUAGUACAUGCUGCAUUUUUAAAUGGGUGACUUGUGUCAAAUAAGACAAGAAAUGGAUGUUUAAUAUGACUUAUUGACAAUGAAUACAAAUUGUUUUCAAUGAACUGAAUGUGAUUUCCAUAUUUGGAAAUUAACCUCAUUAUAACAAGUCUGCUGACCUGCACAUACAUUCUAUUAGCAGCUAAUAUUUGAAUUAGUGAUAUACCAGAUUAUUGUGCACCAUCUAUUAGUUUAAAACAUUAACAUUCCAAAGGAUCUCUAUCGAUCUUACUAGUUAUAAAUUGCUAUAUUAAUUUGCCACCUCUUGACUUCCUGCUUGUAACUAAACUCUGUACUUAGUAAUCUGACAAAUAUGACCAGUAAUUGUAUAAUUUGUUCAGAGCAAAAUCUAUGCUUGGAUGGCAUUGCUCCUUUGGUUUGCUUGAAAGGGGCUUUGUUUAAAACUGGUCACAAGAAGAUAUUUUUUAAGAAAAACAAUGAAAAGAAAACGUAUUUAUUAUUGGUGUCAUUAAACACCAAUUUGUUGCAUUUGAAGAAUGCUAUCAAUUUUGUUGGCAGCUUGGUAUAUCAUAUUAUCAUAGGAACUGUUUGAAUAAAUGACCAUUUAUUCUUUUUGGAGACAUUGUUUGAGGAAUAAAUAGUGGCCAAGAAACUUGGAAAAUAGUUUUCUUCUACAGUCAAUGAAUUUAACAUCUAAUCCAUAAAUUGCACUACAGAUAAUAAAUGGAAGUGUUGGUCUUAAUUAGGUGCUCAAGUCACAAUGUUGGGACUUGAACUUGGAGCCAUGCAACUUGAAAGCAGCCAUCAAUUAUGGUGUUCCAAUCUUAUCCUUUUAUUAAUAAAAUGUGUGAUAUGCUGUGGUGUAGCACAUUGGCCAGAUAUGGAUAUUACAUAUUUUCUUGUUGAAUGUCACCAUUACAUAAAAAAUCCUGAAUAAAGCGAUUAUCCCAAAUGAAUGUGAACAAUAACAUACCAAUUUUUGUAUCAAGCUAUUUUUUUAGACAACGCAACUUGGGUGAGGCUGACACUGCUGAUUCAGAAUACUUGACUUCAGGGUUUUCAGUGUGCAGAGCAUUGUGGUAGUUGUAAGAAGAAAUGUUUUAACAAAGUAGAGAAUUGAGGUUAACAUAUAUCCAUAUAUUCACAAGACAGUGAUCCGUAUAAGAUAUGAGAUUGGCUUGUGGUGUUAGAUUUGUUUUGUUGUGCAUUCUUUGUUAAUGUGUUCUGCAUUAUAGAGAAGACCAGACAUCUUCAAUUUGGAUAACUUUGUAGAAUUCAUGUUUUGGUAGCUAAUAUUUAGCUAAGUCAGUGACCAACUGGAAGAAAGGAAAACCAUGUGUGAAGGUUUCAAUUUUCUAAACAUGUUUUACAGUCUAAGUUCAUUGAAAUAGAGAAUUGUUGUUGGAUUUUGCCAUUGCCCUUUAAUGUACCUAUGUAACAACUGUAAUUGAGUCAUAUUGCACUUGUCCAUUAAACUUGUCCAUAAUUGCACUUCUCAUGAAGCUACAAAAGCUAAAUUUAUUUGAGAAAGAUGUGAUUUAUUCCCAAGCAUUCUGGCUUGAAGUUGUUUGUUUGGUUGAUACAUGUAAAUAUUAAAUGUAAUAACCUUUGUGACAUUGUGUCUGAAAUUUGU